UUGGCUCUGUGAUCAAUAAUUUUGCAGUAAAGAAGCAAAGAUAAACAAAUCAGACUUGUUAAUUGUAAUUCAUUAUUGAUAUAUAUGUUUAUAUAUACAACUAUACGAAAUCUAAUAAUCUAAUUGAACAAAAAAAGUAAAAUUAACAGGCAUACCUACAUCUGUUUAUAGGACAUAACACGUUAUAAGACCAUAUUCAUGAGAGAAAAAAAUCAUGAAGAGAUGUGGGGAGUCCGGAGAGGUUAGAAUCUUAUAAAAGAAAUGCCAAGGAAAAAGACCUCAGGGCUAAGAGAUCCCAAAUUCGUAACAACAGAGGAACUACAAGAGAAAGCAUAUUUGCACAAUGGUGUUUUUGGUCUUAUCUUCAAAAAAUUGAAGGGCUAUGCAUUGCAUUGUGAAUUAUGCAAUACACGAAUUUCUUCUACUGCUGUUUCAUAUAAGCAGCAUAUUCGAGGUAAAAAACACAUAAGAGAAUUGAGCCGUGCAAAAAGGAAUCAAGAAGAGGUACUCCAAGAACCUAAUAUAUCACCUGAAAGUAUUCCACAACUAUCAUAUAAUACCUCAAUUCAGGAAUCUCUGGAUACUGUCGAAGACAGCCUUAUAGGACUGGAAUAUUUAUUGGAAGUUGUGGCAUUCGAUGAUAUCAAGAAGCCACAAUAUUUUUGUGCUCUGUGUAUAGACUAUUUGAAACCAAAGAAUCUUUCACCUGCUACAGCUGUUGUACUACAUUUGAAGGAGUAUCGUCAUAAAAUCAAUUAUUUAAGAGUGCAUUUUCCCAUUACCUUCGAACAUUUAGAUCCACUUUUAACUAAUACACAAAAAGUAAAAAGCCCCCAUAGUAAAAAUACUGUGGAUAGAAUCGUUGAAGCUAUCGAAAAAACAUUUGGACGUUUGAAACCUGCAAGGGUAGAUCCUGUGAAAUUCCAAGCUCAUAGAAAUAUUUAUCUUGGUGUCAUAAGAAAAGAAAAACAUUUCGAAGAAACACCUGGUCAUACGUUUGAGCAUUUAAUAAGAAGGUAUAAUAUCUUCGCUAAUUCUAAAGGUAUGCUUAAAACAGAUAAUAUGUUAACAGCAGAUAAGCCACUACCAAUUGAGAGACAAGGUUUCAAUUUGGAUAAUCGUGUCAAUCUGAUUAAAAUCGGUAAUUUGAAUACAAGAAUCAGGGAAAAUCGAAUUGACCAUUCGUCCAACCUCGUUAUGCCUCAAAGAUUCAACCAAGAGAUCAAUGAGAUGCCUGGCAACGUUCAUAAUCAUUUGGACGAAGAGCUCAUGAAAUACAAGGAAAAUCCUGAAGAUCACCCAAAAUACAACAAUGAAUGGAAAAAUUUCUGGAAAGAGAAGUAUAUGGAGCUCAAGGCUCAAGGUAAAGAUCCCUCAACAUACGAUUUCAAACCUGAGUGGAAGGAGUAUUGGAAUAAACGGAUCGUGGAACUCCAUAUCGAAUCCAGGAAAAAGGCCCUGGAGAUGAAAUUCAAUGAUGAUUCCAAACCUUUCAAAGUUGCAGAGGUUGCAACGUUUCACGAUUCUCUCCGUACUGCCCGUGCAGAACCACCUUCUAGUCUUAAAAAGUCCCCCGGUAGAGGUGAUUCCCGCUCUCUACAGAAAGAUUCUCCCAGCAGCCGUAGAGAUUCUCACUCUCAGGGUGGUAAUUCGACGUUCCGCGGUAGAGACUCUCCAUCUCGUCGUAGAGAGUCCCCGGCUCGUCGUAGAGAGUCCCCAACUCGUCGAAGAGAGUCCCCAACUCGUCCCAGAGUGUCCCCGACUCGUCGUAGAGAGUCCCCGACUCGUCGUAGAGAAUCCCCAACUCGUAGAGAAUCCCCAACUCGUCGUAGAGAGUCUCCACCUCGUCGUAGAGAGUCCCCGACUCGUCGUAGAGAGUCCCCACCUCGUCGAAGAGAGUCCCCGGCUCGGCGUAGAGAAUCUCCGACUCGUCGUAGAGAGUCACCACCUCGUCGAAGAGAGUCCCCGGCUCGUCGUAGAGAAUCUCCAAUUCGUCGUAGAGAGUCACCACCUCGUCGAAAAGAGUCCCCGGCUCGUCGUAGAGAAUCUCCGAUUCGUCGUAGAGAGUCCCCGGCUCGUCGUAGAGAAUCCCCGGCUCGUCGUAGAGAAUCCCCGACUCGUCGUAGAGAAUCCCCGACUCGUCGUAGAGAAUCCCCGACUCGUCGUAGAGAAUCCCCGACUCGUCGUAGAGAAUCCCCGGCUCGUCGUAGAGAAUCCCCGGUUCGUCGUAGACUGUCCCUGACUCGUCGUGUAGACUCCCCGUCUCGCAAUAGAGACUCCCCAUCUCGCCGUACAGAUCCCCCAACUCGUCUUAGAGAGUCCCCAUCUCUCCGCAAAGAAUCUUCAUCUCGCCAUAUAGACUCCCCAGCUAUCCGUAAGGAUUCCCCCAAAGGCCCCGUUGCUCGGAGAAGAGAAUCCCCCCCUUCUCGUAGUAAAGGAUCCCCACCUCGAAAAAGAGAUUCUCCCAACCCCGUUCCACGUUCGAAUAACAAUUCCUGUCCUCCAGUGAAGAACCGUGCAAGAGAUCGAUCACCAAUUCAGACUGAAUCGAAGAGACAACGGAAGAUGCCUGAUCAAAAUGGCAGCUCGCUGGACAGAUCGAAGGACCAGAAUAAAGAAAGGCAGAAUCGUAGAGAUCCUCAGUCGUCUGAUGAUAGCGUUAUUUCUGUGUUGAGGCUCCUAACGGCUGUUGAAGACAAUCUUGGUUCUUUAGGUCCCAAGGUCGUUGAUCUACUUUCCGAAGCUUUAUCGAUGGAAUGUAAUAAAGUUAAUAGCUCGGAGGAUCUUCUUACCGACAAGAAUAUUAUACUCCUCAUAACUGUCAAGGAGAAGCUUAAAGGUCAGCUGCAGGCUGGUAUCGUGGGCCGUUUACAAGUGGAAGUUUUCAAAAAUAUCAUCAGGAAUGUCGAAAAAUUGGUGGAAAGAGCGAACCGAAGGAAGAAACAGAAGAGGGAAGAACCGUCGAACGAUCUUAUAAUGAUACCUGGCUUUGGUACAGUGGACAGACAUAAAAUUACUCGAGAAAUCGUAAACGCCCUACUAGAUCGAGGAAGAAGGGAUAUUACGGAAAAAGAGCUGGUACAAUUCAUCAAAGACUGGGUUAGGAAGGGACCUAGAACAGAUUCGACGUCCUAUGACACAGAUAGCAAAAGAAUUUUGGGGAACAACCGACUAAGGGAUGAGACUGAAUCUUUGGUUUUGUCCGUGUUGAACUCUUUUAACAAGAGCACCACGGAAGGCUCCAAAUUUCACUCUGACGGAAUCAUGACCAAUGAUUUCAGUCGAGGGAGUGAUACGCUUGAAAAAGCCCCAAACAUAACCAGGCAGAAUAUGAUGUUACACCAACCGAUGUCCACCCAAAAUUAUCCUUCCCAGACUGGAAACUCAUCGUUUUCUUCUGUACCUUUCACCAGAAACUCCUACGAUGUUACCGGCUACAGAAACCUCGACGGAAAGGCCAUUACGAGUGAAAAUACCAAUAGAGUCGAUUUAUCUACCAUUCGUUCCUCAGAAGGAUGUUCUUUGAGCGGUUCUUCCACUGUGAACUAUUUAACACCGUACUUUCAAAUGAAACUCUUAAAUUCUGGCACAUCUGGGUCAUUGCAAUCAAAUAUGGUGGGAUCUAGCUUGAGAGGAGACGCUUACAAAACCAUACCUUCUCUCCUUUCCUCCAAUCUAAUUCCGUUGAGAGGUGAAACUUUCAAUUCCAGGGUCGAUUUUAGAAGUGGCCCUGUGAGGUACGGAGUUGGUUAUAGAAGUGAGUUGAAUUCGUCUCAACCUAAGACCAAUCCCAGAGGAACCUAUGAUAAUUCUAGACGGGAUAAUAAAGGUGCAAGAUACAACAAAACAAAAUAGAAUCGAUGAUUAUCGUUGAAGAAAUUUUUGGUUUGAAUUAUUGAUACCGUCUCAUCAGAAAUGAUGAUGCUUCGUUAUUUUAAAGCAUUGUAACUUUGAAGGAAAAAUGAAUGUUGAUAAAAGUUAAUUAAAAGUAUUCUUUGUAAUUGUUUAUUUGAAAUUUCAUGGGUGAAUAGAAUGUGUAUCAAACAAUUUUCAUUGUAUAUUGAAUCAUAUGAAUCAAUCACGUUGAUUUGAAAGUUUUACUUUAAUUUGAUUUAUGUCUUGCACUAUUAUUAAUCGACAAAUUAUAUUUUAAAAUAAAUAUUAUUUUCAGUGAGAAA